AUGGGGCUCUCACGACAGGCAAGGAUCAAGACCCUCCUCGCCAUUGACACCCUCUUCUUCUUCAUCGAGCUCAUCACGGGCUAUGCCGUCGGCUCUCUUGCCCUUGUGGCUGAUUCAUUCCACAUGCUCAACGAUGUCCUAUCUCUCGUGGUAGCUCUUUACACCAUCAAACUAGCCACUUCUCCGUCCUCAGCUGCCAAUUCGUAUGGCUGGCAACGGGCUGAAAUCCUCGGAGCCUUGAUCAACAGUGUCUUCCUCGUCGCUCUUUGUGUUUCUAUCGGUCUCGAAGCUGUUGGCAGGAUUGUCACUCCUCCCGAGAUCAGCAAUGCUCAGUUGAUCGUGUUUGUCGGCAGUUUGGGAUUGCUGAGUAACAUUGUCGGACUCUUCCUUUUCCACGACCACGGACACUCUCACGGCGGACACUCACAUGGCGCUAUCGCCCUCCCUGGUGGCGACGUUGACGCCAACGAAGAAACUCCCCUCAUUCGCGAUGAUGUCUCUGAACUCUACCAGCACCCCGCACAGACACGAGCUCAGGUUAUUGAGACCGCUCAGGAGUUCGGCUAUGGUUCUACCCAGGUGGCUUCCUCGUUCGAUUCCAGUGCCAUGGGCAAGUCACCGUUGUCUGCGCACGGACGAGCGCCAAGUGCCUCCAGGAGGUCGAACAGGGCGAGUAUCUCUAGACCUCACGGGAGGAUGAACAGCACCACACGUCCGAUCCCUGGACAAAACGCGGAUUUGCUCCCUGUUGGUGCUGAGGUUUCUUCCACUGGGUCUUCUACUGUCGUCGAUGCUGGCAAGCCCAAGGAUCAUUCGUCUGCAUCCGACCACUCUCACGCCGGACAUUCACAUGCUGAGGGUGAGCAUGACCACGCGCACGACCACGGCAAGAUGGCCAAGAAUGUCGACGACGCUGAGGCUGGACACUCGCACGGCCAUGGUCAUUCUCAUGGGUCCAUGAACAUGCGAGGUGUCUUUUUGCACGUUUUGGGCGACGCUCUUGGUAACGUCGGAGUCAUCGCUGCUGGUCUCGUGAUUUGGUUCUUUGAAGGCCGAUGGACUCUUUACUUUGACCCCGGAGUCUCUCUUGUCAUCACCUGCAUCAUCUUCUCUUCCGCCCUCCCUCUCUGCAAAUCUGCUUCCUACAUCCUCCUUCAAGGUGUCCCCUCCCACGUCUCUCUCGACGCUGUGCGCCAGUCCAUCGUCGAUGUAGACGGUGUUGACUCUGUUCACGAACUCCACAUCUGGCAGCUCAGCGAGAGCACGGUGGUGGCCAGUGUGCAUGUGCUCAUUGAGCACGGCAAAGAUUACAUGGAGGUUGCUUCUGGCAUCAGGGAGAAGAUGCAUAGCCACGGUAUCCACAGUGUCACCAUUCAGCCCGAGUUUUACGACGAGGCCGACACCUCUGCCGAGGCUUGUCUCAUCCGCUGCCCUCCCGGGGACUGUGAAGGUGACACUUGCUGCCCCCCUGCUUCUUCUAGCAAGCCUCCUUCCGAAUCUGGCGAGGUUGCUCACAACCACAACCACACACAUUAG